AUGUCGUCAUCAGGCUGCGCGUGGCGUCACGACCCCCCUGCCUGGCGGGAAAAGCGCCGCCACCUCCUCGGGUCGACACAGGAAACGGCGCGUGCGCGGAGCCAAGGCCCGCGGGUUUAUGGGGCCCGCCUGGGAACGCGCCUGCGCAGCGCGGGGGGGGGGGGGGCGGGUUGCUCCUCGCGAGGAGCGCGCGUGCGCGAAAGGAGGGGGCCGUGUGUCGGGGCCUGGAGGAGCGCCCCCUACCGGGGAGGCGGCGCACAACAGGUACACUCUGGGCCUGACGGGCGUUUGCCGAGCGCCCGCUGUGUGUCCGCGCUGCGCCCGCCGAGGGUGCCGCCGCCCGGGCCCGGGUCUGAGCGCCGCAAGGCGGGGGCGCUGCGGGGAGCAAGGCGCGCGUGGGCCGGGCGGGGCCGGGGCCCGGCGGCGCGCACGCCCCGCGGCCCGCAGAUGGCGGCGCCGGGCGCGGGGCCCGGGCCGGGGGCGCCCCCGGGGCUGGAGGCGGCCCUGCAGAAGCUGGCGCUGCGGCGGAAGAAGGUGCUGAGCGCCGAGGAGGCGGAGCUGUUCGAGCUGGCGCAAGCGGCGGGCGGCGCGAUGGACCCCGACGUGUUCAAGAUCCUGGUGGACCUGCUGAAGCUGAACGUGGCGCCCCUCGCCGUCUUCGAGAUGCUCAAGUCCAUGUGCGCCGGGCAGAGGCUGGCGAGCGAGCCCCAGGACCCCGCGGCCGCGCCCCUGCCCACGCCCAGCGUGCCUGAGACCCGAGAGGCCUCCUUUCUCUCUGCCGAGAACUGUAGCCCCCCCGCAAGGCCCUCCUUUUCCUCGGCCCCGCGGCCUGCGGCCUCUCCGGUUCUGCUCCACGGCCCAGCUGCCACGCACUCGCCUCUCUCUGCGGGGCCCCCCGGUUCCCUCCGGUUCUCUUGCUGCCUGUUGUCUCCUUUUGCAGGGAGAAACAAAGGCAGCAGUGCCCUUGGCAGCAGCCGGGAAGGACCCAGCCAGAGGACGCCCCGCCAGCCCAGCGCCACCAGGCUGCCCAAGGGGGGCGGGCCUGGGAAGAGCCCCACACGCAGCAGCACCUGAGCAGGAGCUCCGCGCGGCCCCACCGCGGGCCCCUCACAGGCUUCUCCUCCCGUCGGUAAUAAACCUCUGCAAAAAGCUCAA